GGUGUGUCGCACUGAAAGUGGGAGGGACUACCUGGAGGCUCAGGAAGAAUCACCUGUUGGUGAGAUUCAGAGGAAAGUGGGAGCAGUGAAGGACGGCAGAGCUACUCAACAGAAAACAAUCAUGCAGAGAGUUGGCUCUCCGGGAGGCCGUGUCCUCUCUGAAGACCAGUUCACCUGCUCCAUCUGUCUGGAAAUAUUUGUGGAGCCCGUCUCCACACCAUGUGGCCACAGUUUCUGCAAGGCCUGCCUACAGGGCUACUGGAACCACAGCAAGAAGUUCCAAUGCCCCAUGUGCAAGAAGACCUACUCCAGAAAGCCCGAGAUGAGCGUCAACCGGGUCCUGGCUGAAAUAUGCACCCAGUUCCAGGGCCUGAUGACGGCUGCAAGCCCAGCAGGAAGUCCAGCACGAGGGGCAACUCUGACUUCAAGCUCAGACCCGAGCCACAACAGCUCUCAGGACCCCGGGGAGUUCGCCCAGCCUGGAGAGGUUUCUUGUGAUGCUUGCAUCGGAAGGAAGUUAAAGGCCAUCAAGUCUUGUGUGAACUGCCCUGGGUCAUACUGUGAGACCCAUCUCAGGCAUCACAAAAAGGUCAAAACUUCCCAUCGACUGAUUGAGCCCACCCUCCACCUAGAGGAAAAGAUCUGCAAGAAGCACGAGCGUGUUCUGGACGCUUACUGCCGCACGGACCACACCUGCAUCUGCGCCGCUUGUUCAGACACCACGCACAAAUCCCACGAUGUUGUCUCCAUCGACCACGAGUUCAAGAAAAAGACGAAUUAUCUGGGAAAGAAGAGGUCAGAGCUGAAGUACCUGAUUAAGGAGAGAGCCAAAAAACUGGAGGAAAUCAAGCAGUCCAUCAAGGUUAUCAAGGCCAGCGCUCAGAAGGAGCUGGAGGAGAGCUGGCAGGUGUACGCCGAGCUGCAGCGGCUGGUGGAGCAGAGUCAGGCUGAUCUGGUGGAGCUGAUCGCCACCAGGCAGCGGGAGGCAGAGCGCCACGCCCAGGAGCUGGCUAGAGGUCUGGAGAACGAGCUUAGCCACCUGAGGAAGAGGAGCAGCGAGCUGGAGGCCUACGCUUACACCAAGGAUAAAGUGGUCUUCAUCCAGAGUCUGUGCUCGUUGUCACCUGGGCCCGAGGCCACGGACUGGUCAAGCGCCAGCGUUAACACUGACCUCUAUCUGGGAACCAUCCGCUCCUCCGUCAGCUGCCUCGUGGACAAGUUCCAGGAGGAGCUCAAGAGACUGUAUGGAAAAGAGCUCAGAAAGGUGCAGAACUAUGCAAGUGAAGUGAUUAUGGAUCCGUCCACGGCUCAGAAGAACCUGGUUGUGUCUGAUGAUGGCCAGCAAGUAAAAUACGACGAGCACAAGGGUUCCCACUCGGAGAGUACAAAGCGCUUCAGCCCAGCCCUCUUUGUCUUGGCCCGGGAGGGGUUCGGGUCUGGCCGACACUACUGGGAAGUGGAUGUGUCGCGUAAAACGUCCUGGACCCUCGGCGUGGCUCGAGCCUCGGCCCGUCGCAAGGGCGAGAUCAGUCUGAACCCAGAGGGCGGUUUCUGGUGCCUGUGGCUGAAGAACGGGGAGAUGAAAGCUCUGGCCGUGUCCCGCCUGCCUCUAAUGCUGCCAACCAGCCCCACCAAAAUAGGAAUCUUCCUGGAUCACGAAGCAGGUCAGGUUUCAUUCUACGACGUGAAGUCGCGGCUACACCUCUACACCUUUAAGGACAGCUUCAACGAGAACGUCCACCCCAUCUUCAGCCCCUGUCUGGCCCAGGACGGGAAGAACAGCUCUCCUCUCAUCAUAACCCACAUUAAACACAGCUGAGGAAGUCAUUUACUACGUCCUCGUCUCAGAGUCUCUGUACCAGAACUGUCCUUGUUUGUAAAGUACCAACGGUCGGGGCUUCACGUCUGCAUGACACUCUCACAGACUGUUGAACGAUUAUUAGUGUUGUACAUUUAAUCCCUCAGAAGCUGGGGGAAUUUUUGCAGCUUUUCUCACGUCAUGAACAAGAACCUGUGAUGUAAGAACACCAUACCUGACCCUUACUAAUUUGAAGGUCCGAACACACUACUGAAUAACAGCUGCUGGAAUCAGAUCCAGGUAAAGAUGCAACACCUUUAGUGUUUUCAUCAGUAAACUGAAUUUAUCAGGCAUCAACCUCAGUCACCCUAAAUGUCAUGUCUAGAGCCAGCUACAGGAUCCAAAUGAAGCUGUAUUCAUAGUUUAUUUAUAACUUUUUAUUAGGAAUGUUUUAUAUUAUACCACAACUUUUUUUUUCCUGGAACUGCUAAAAAAAUUAUUACUGAUCACUUUAAUUUCUUAGCCUGGGAAUAAUUACUGUUUUUAUGUAUCAUGGGGUAAUGAGUAAAGCAAGUUCUAAUGUGUUUUAUGUGUUUUACCAACACACAGUAAGGAUCAGCUGAAUCCUCUAGACCAAAGGUGUCCUAAAAUUUAAGAUGAGGGCCAACACGGUUAAAGCUCUCAUGAACUAGUUUUUUUCAAUACAUUUGUUGCGGUUUGAAUGAAUGACUUGUGAGUUGUUAUCUGAGGGGAAUAAAGGUCUGGCGCUCCUGUUUCAGAAAGUUAGCCGGAGGAGAGGGGGCCGGAAAACGGCAGGCUUUGGAGUUUUACUCAUUAUUUCCUGGUAUUAUGACCUCUUGCCUCUGAUUGGCUAACAGCAGCUUAACUCUUCCAAUUACUGUUUGCAAUGUUCAUUUUAUUUUAUUUAUUUAAUCCCAGGCUUUUGGCAUUUUAAAUAAUGCAUGUUAGUAUUAAAUGCCUGAAAGGGAAAAUGAUGUUUUAUCUCUACAAAUAAAAGAAGCCUGAAGGAGUUCUGCUGUGUGGUGGAGCCGCUAAUGAACAGCUUCUGCUAGCCAAUUAUGGCAAUAUAUUUUGGUAUAUUUUUCCUGUGAUGUAUCAAUAUUCAAAAGCUGUGUAUUGAAUUUUUGGAAGAAUUUACAUGCAAAGAUUUUCUUUUCUUUUGGUGCAAUUCAGACGCUGACCACUAGUUGGCAGCAGUGUGCAGUUGGUUUUGUUUCCACAACUGAAAUGUAUGUCCCUAUAUCAUGAAUCAGAUACCUCGUGUUAAAAUAUCCGUUUGGACUGUUUAUUGAAUUUUCCUACAAUAAACUCAGUGUAAAAAAAAUGCCAUAGCUUGAAGCGAGUGAUUAUCAACAUUAUGCCGGCAAAGAAAGCACAAAAUAAGUCUAAAGUACACUCUUCUCCGAGUGAGGAAGAAGACGUCUCAGGUGCCAACAAUCAAGCUAACUCUAUGGGUGUUGCUAGCCCUGGGCGUCUCUUAGACAUGAGUACUGGAAUGGCCCAGAAUUUGGAUGUUAUUCAAAUACUCGACGGGAUCAGAAGUGACUUUUCCACAAAAAU